GGUAGCAACAUGGCGAAGACACGCGUAGUGCCGAGCGACUUGUUCCCUUUAGUGUUCGCCUUCCUGAGGGAAAAUCAUUUUGAAGGGGCGGCGCGCGCGUUUGGGAAGGCGGCGGGCGUGACAGAGCAAGAUCCCAAUGCUGCUUCGCUCCUUGAUGUCUUCAACUAUUGGCUGAAAUCACCUGAAGCCAAAAAACGGCAAGCUUUUCCCAAUGGUCCUCCUGCGAAGAAGGCAAAGACAGAAUCUUCAUCCAGUUCAGAUACCUCCAGUGAAGAUGAGAAGCCCCCAGCCAGAAAACAAGCUGUUAAACUCAUCACUGUGCCCAAAAUGCCAAGAAAGGCAGCUCCUGACAGCGCAGAGAGCAGCAGUGAGGACUCCAGUGACUCUUCAGACUCUGAGCAAGAAAAGAAGAAGCCAGCUAAGAAGGGAACAAAUCUCCAGGUGAAGAAGCCAGCCGUGCUAAAAACAAAGACCCAGAAGAAGCCUAGGAGUUCUAGCUCAGAUUCAAGUAGUUCAGAAUCUGAAGAUGAAGCUCCAAAGAAACAGCCACCAAAAUCAGAGGGAGCCAAAAAGGCCUCAAAACCAACUUCUAAAUCAGCAAACGUUGGUAAAGUGAUGUCCAGAACUACCAAUGGAAAAGCAAAGGCUAACAGCAGCAGUGACAGCAGCAGCAGUAGUGAGGAUUCUGACACAGAAAAGGAGGCACCUGUGAAGAAUAAGCUAAAGAAAGUGCCACAGUCCAAACCUGAAGGUGCUCGACUACUUCUGAAUAAAGGCAAAACUGUGAACAAAUGCAGCAGCAGUGAGGAUUCUUCUGACAGUUCAGAACAUGAAAAGCAAGCCCCAAAGACCAAGGCUGGCCAGUACAGUGCUGUGCCACCCCCUUUGUCCAUAGAGUCAAGGAAAGGCAAAGCACAACAUCCUGCUACAAAGGCUUGUAAAAAAAAGGCCGAGAACAAUGACAAAAAGGAAAAAGUGUCCAAGAAGAAAACAGCAAUUGAAGGACCUGUCGCUAAACAGCCACUUGCCUCCAAAUCUGUUCCUGUUUCUACUCAAAAAGAAGAGACUAGUUCAGAGAGUGAUUCAGAUUCUAGUUCUGAAGAAGACAAGGUGUUGGCCAAGCUCCCUGCUAAAUCUGCUGCAGCAAAGGGUACUGCUAAUCCAGCUCAAUCAAAGAAAGUGGCCAGCUCCUCUGAUAGCUCAGAUUCUGACAGUUCUGAGGACGAAGUUCCUGUGAAGUCUGCAGCUAUACCAGCUACAAAAACAAAGAAAAAGCUUCCUGGAGUGGUGGUGAAGAAAUUAGACGUCAGCCUUGAGGAUAAGAGAGCUCCUAAAAAACCCAAAAGCUACAGGACUACCAAAACAAGCUCUAAAUCCAGCAUCCCUGCCUCCAAAGCAAGCAGUUCAGAUUCGAGCAGUUCAAGUAGUGAAGAGGAACAGAGCAAGCCUGCCCUGAAGCCAGUGAACCAAUUGACAAGGGGCAGCACUGUGGUGGUUGGCAAGCAAGCACCAGCUGACAGCAGCAGCAGCAGCAGCAGCUCUUCGGAUAGCUCCAGUGAUGAAGAGUGUAAAACGGGAGGCCUGGGAGUAAGUAAGAGAGUAAAAAACAGCAAUUCUGAGAAAAAGAAACCAAAGGCUUCAUCCACCCUUGUGGGCAAAACAUCAGCAUCAAAGAAUCUAGCAUCCAAAGCGGCUAGUGUUUCAGAGAGCAGCAGUUCUGAGGAAGGGGCCAUGAAUGGAGGUGUGAUCAAGAAGAAGCGGAAAAGGGAAGAGGAGCAGGAGUUGGAGACGCCAGACUUCAAGAAGAUGAAACCCAGAACUCCACACACAUUCCCCAAGAUGAAGCAGCAGAACUGUCCAUUCCGCAGAGUAAGAGCAGAGGAGGUAGAAGUGGAUGUGCGGGUAGCAAACAAUUCAUUUGAUGCCAAGAAAGGAGCUGCAGGUGACUGGGGUGAAAAAGCAAAUGAUGUUCUGAAAUUUACAAAAGGCAAAUCCUUCCGACAUGAGAAGACAAAGAAGAAAAGGGGAAGCUACUGUGGUGGCACCAUCUCGACACAGAUAAACUCCAUCAAAUUUGACAGUGACUAAGUUUCAAUUGUGCCUACAGGAUCCUUGAACCAUGUGAAAAGAUAAAACAUGCUGGAUAUCUCUUCUGCAAAGCAAUGACUUCCAUAACCCCCUUGUACAUCGGAAGACAGUUACCAGUUUAUGGUGCAGCUUUUGACAGAUGUGUGAUUAUGCCCUUGGGGUCUCCCAGACCUUCUUGAUUAUGUACCAUUUUAUUUUAAAUGGCAAGAGUUCGAUUUUUGCAUACCUGAAAUACAUGUGUUUUGGUUAAACACCACUUUUGGUUUUUCAACAAAGCUAACAUUAGGUGUAUAUUGAAGGCAACAUACAAUCAAUAUUCCUCUCCUAUUACACUAUGCGUACUUGGCAGGGAAUCAAACCUUACCUGCUUUUUAAAGGAUGUCCCAUUUUCUCACACACACCCCUUUAAAAUUCCUUGUUGGAAGCAUUUCAAGUAGAAAAAGCAUCAGCUCGCAUGGGGUUCCCCCCCUACAAUCUUCUGACUAUCCCAAAUUUAGUUGUUUAAUCAAUUCUUUCCAUAGAUCAGACUUCAAAAUAUGUCUGUUGCCUUUCUGUCUUUCCAGACCAGACAAUGAAACAGUUGCAAGGAGAAGUGCCAUUCUUGUAUCAUUAUGUUGGUCAUCAUUUGAUGCAAAGAGAAGCAAUAGGGGCCUUACAGAGUAGUUCCAUAAACUGAGUGUCACUCACAGUAGCCUCUACAUUAUUUUGAUAUUAUACAGUGGCUGUUUGAAACAUGCUUGCAACUUGAGCCAUGUUAAUCGAAAUUGAUCUUGCUGCAUUUGAGCCAGAGAAACCCAGCUGCCUCCCUUGGAUUCCUUUCUGGCAAGUGAAACCUAGAGUCUUGACAGAAUCCAGCUUGUUACAGGAAGCAAAAAGUACAACCUGGUAACAGAAGGUUAGGGGAGAUGGAGAAGUGCUUGCAGGGAUUUUUGUUUUACAAGGGGACACACUCAGUUGUUUUAUUCCCCACCUGAAGUACAAAGUGGUACAAUCCAGGAACUGAUUUACUGUGCUUCGAGUUUCCUGUUGAAGUGUUUUAUAUUUUCCCUGUUUUCACUGUUAUUCAAAAUCCGUCCACAGUACAUAUUGGACCAGCAUUAUGAGGUUUAUAAAAAGGUUAUAAAUUAUCUACAUGCCCAAACAGGCUGUCCUUUUCAUAACCUUCAUAAGCCUGUUGAGUGAUAGUUCCAGGAGAAUAGUACAAGGUACUGUCAAGAUCUGACUUUAAAAUUGUGUGGAGAGGUUUGGUGAUUUUAUCUGAAUAGCAACUCUAGUAUAAUAAAAAUGUUUUGUAAACA